CACAGUUGAUUUACCUUCUCUCCAAAAUACUGAAGACUGAAGGUUGUGGAGCACAUAGAGCAUUGAACGCAGAAUGCACACAUACAAGUUCGACGUUACUUACAACUUCUAACCUCGCACUAUCAACUUGUUGUCCCCAUUAUCAGAUUGUCUUAAUCGCACGCUCGCGUUAUUUAUGAUUGUUGUCAAUUGAUUUCCUUAUCAAAUAUUCCAGUCAUGUUCAAUUGAUCACUAGAACUGAAUGUUAACUUCGUUUGUUGCUUUUCGAGUCAUAAAUGAAUCAAUCUCGUUCUGUUCUUAGACAGCUAAAACAUUUUUCGUGUGUACGUUAUCUAGCAAUAGGUCUCUCUGAUAAUGGAAGUCUUGUCUUCUCACAGAAAAGUGUCGGUGCUGAUGUUGAUAUGGUUAACUAUAAUACACCUGGAAUUUAUUUUGCAGCUUACAAUCCAGAAGGAUUUAUUUUAAAUACAGGUGUGAAGGUGAUUGGACCAUGUGCUGCUUUUCCGCGGUUCGCUCUUAGUUGGAAGGUGAAAGAUGCUUUGGAUAUUUCUGAGGAGUCUCUAUCUUUGCUUUUCAUGCUGGAGCCUCCACUUGAGGUUCUUAUCAUUGGUAAGGGAGAAACAAAAAGUCCAGUUGACUACCAACGAAUACUAAAUAUAUGCUGGAAACAUCGUCUGCCUGUGGAAGUGAUGUCAACACAUCAUGCUAUAGGAACAUUUAACUUUCUGAAUUCAGAAAGACGAUAUGUAGCUGCAGCUGUCAUUCCUCCUCGUCGUCUUGAUGUAUAUGACGAAGCUGAUAAAAAAGCCACGCAUCUACUAUUGGAAAGAGAGAGUCAACAAUCAGACGAAAUACCUCUACUGAGUCCAACCAGCACUAAAUUGUUGAAAUCCAGUGAUUUUAAAGGAGAUAUUAUUGUUUCGCGUUCACCUUUGAUAAGUGGUAAUACACCAUCCUCCACGUCAUUGCCUUCUGGAAGCGAAGAAAAAACAUGAACUUAGCACUUCAAUGUUUGUAUAUAUGUGAUUAGACAUUAACACGUGUUUUUACCCUGUUGUCUCACUAUUGUGCAUAAUAAACACCUAGAUAGCAUAACUCUGUUCUUAACGUUGUAUGAGCAAAUAUUUAUCUUUUUUGUUUCUUUACGUUAAGAUAGUUUUUUUAAAAUAAAAAACUCGUUUAAGGAGAUACUGAGAUAAAUUUUUCUGGUGACUAUUUCACAGUUUUAGACCCCAUCAAACAAAGUUAAAAAUGGAUACUUCUUUUUCACUUAGAUCAAUAGCCUAGGGAUAUUAAUUCCACUUAUUAUGUUAUAUGUUGAAACUUAUCCCAUUUACCUCGAAUCAAGCACCUGGAUCUAUAUCAGUGGUCUGUACAUAAUGAGUGUAAAGCAGAAUCCAGGAUAAAAGCCCAUGGAGUUUUUCAUUGUCGAGUUUUGGAGAUUGUUGAAUGUCAUUGAAGUUGUUGAAAUAACCCCUACUUCAUUCACGUCACUUUUUGGGUAUUGAGUAGACGUGAGUUUACCUGCAGUAGUUUUUCAGAGCAAUAAAAUAAAUAGAAACCUUCAACUAUUCAACAGUCCCCAUGUAGUUAAAAAAUAUAUAACAUUCAUAAUAACAAGGAAUAUAUAUCAUAGGUUCUGACUUAAGAAGUCAUAAAAGUCAGGAAUGAACGAGAAUUGCAGUCACAACAUGAGAUAACGGUUUUAAGGUGUCAUAAGUUACUUGACGUGUAGAUUUAUUGAGCAAUGGAUUUUAAUCAUGAAUGGAAAGGAACGUGUUUACCACAAAAGCUGAAUUUGAUGAGUUUCAUUCCAGGAGGUGUAGCUUUUAAAAUGCUAAAGAUUUCAUGGUAAAAUGAAGUAGAACUUCCAUGUUUACCGUUACUCGAGUGUCUUCAGAUGAUUCAUUGUUGGAUAGCAGCCACCAAGUUGUCUUUCUAAUACCACCAGUUUUGCAUCAAUAUUUUAAUAUAGAUAAGCUGAUCAUUAAUUCAGUGUGUGCACCAGACUGUUUGACAGGGACAGAUGACGAGCCAUAUAUUUGACGAAAGAUAUCUGAAUCACUAAAUAUAAUUGUUUGGAAGACAGUGUAUUUGAUAACGGUUAUUAAACAUAUUACUAGUGAUAAACUCAGGUAGUUUUGUUGCUCAUGUGGGUAAGUUGAAUCUCCACAUAAAGCAAUUAUUCUUUCAAGACGUUGCAUAGAAAAAAUUGUUCAUUUUGUCAAAAAUAGGCUGUAAGAGUAUUUUUGUAUUUUUUUCUUUGUAGUUGUUAACUAGUAAUCAUCACUUCGUCGUAAGUACUUUAAUUGCUGUGAUAGUUGAAUAGUUUUAAACACAUUGAACUUCUUCAUCACUUUAUUCCAUAGGACUUUAUUUUAGUCCACUUAUUUUGCAAAUACUAUAUCGCACCUUUAGUUGAUUUGUCGUUGUUGGUUACUAUGUAUGCAUGACAGACUCUUGCAUAAUCAUAGGAACGGGGGAUGUUCUUGUUGUGUACUUCGUUUUUUAUUAAUCUCAACAUAUUCAUAGUUUUAUAUAGACUGAUUGCUUAAAUGACAUGAUUGUGUCUAGAAGAAACAGAAACUAUCUUUCACUACUUUAUAAACAAAUAGGGGGAUGGUUUUAUCUACACCUUUUAACAUCCACUUCUAUUUCACACUGUGAAAACUUAUUACUUCGCUGGUGUGUAAUUUUUUUGUGCUCAUUUAUCAGGAAGUUUACCUUCUAUUAGCUUUUAAAUAUCGUUCAUACAGUAAAUGUCUUAACCUGUAUUUCUUUAACUUGGUUUGUUUAUCAUAUUAGGGUUUCUGCGAUUCACUAAAUGACACAUAGUGUAUUGGAACACGUACUUUAAAGAGAAGUGAGCUAUUGUUUGGUCGCGCAAUUUCGUGGAUUGGUUGAGGUUAGACAUUAACACCAUUGGAUGCCGACUCAGUGGUAGUAGGUUAGCGUUCGCGCGCGAGACCGAAGGCCCUAGGGUCGAGUCCCACGGGCGGGAUCGUGGAUGCGCACUGUUGAGGAGCCCCACAAUGAGAUGAAACGACCGUUCACUGCUUCCAGGUUUUCAGUGGUGGUCUAACAUCAAUCAUCGGUUCAUGAUCGUAAUAAAAAAACUGUUUAGAAAUUGUUAUAGCUUACUUUUAUUUUAAGUACGUGUCGGUGAUGUCCAGAAGAACAAUUAGAGAUUCACAGCCAACCUAGCCAACUCAGACAUCACAACAACUCCAACAUCCUCAACAUCAGCUGCAAAUAUUCUCCAUUAAUAUUAAGAUACUUGGUGUGUGUAUGUGGAUUUUAUCUCGCACAGUUACUAUAGUGCUUGCUCAUGUUUGUGACAUUUGAACGUAAUUAAUUUAGAAUACCAUUUCGUUUCAGAUAUAUUAGUAUUCCAGGAAACAAAUGGUGUAUGUGUCUAACUUGAAACACUUCGUAGUACUGCAUGACCAUUUUCUAUUGCCUACGUGAGAUAAAUGUCCCACACCCAACAUGGCUGCACUUCACUAGUUACGAUUUCUCACUAGAACUCCUGCAAUCGCACUUGAGAGUUAGCCACCAGUGAGCACAGUGUUGGAUAUCAGCCAAGUGGUCUAGAGGUUGACCGUUCGUGCUCGGGACGGAAGAUCCUGGACUCGACCUCCCUCUGAUGGCGUCGUGGACGUACACUGUUAUUCAACAGGAUUUGCAAUGUCGUUUCAUUACGACGGAUUGCGUUUACUGGUUGUAAUUUUCCGUCAAAAUCUACUGGGAAAACCCAUGAAUGUCUGGCAUCAUUUUCAACUGAAAUCACCAAUGAACGUAAAGAGAAUGAUGCCAGUUCACCAUGGGAAUUAGACAAACCUAAACGUAUUUGGCCCAAUCAAUUACCCGUUCCUAUCGAAGUUGUCACACCACCUUUUUCAACAACUGUAGCGGCUACUUCGAAGGCGCCACUGAUAAAAGACUUUUUCAGAGGCCAAGUCAAUCUGGAAUUGUUCGAAUUCCUAGAAUUACAAACUAGACGUGAAGUAGAUGAUUUAGACGCUAUGCACAAUCAAAUCAAGAGAUUCAUACUCAAAAUGGAUAGUUACGAGAUUGAUCGAAACUGUAGUCUGUCGAAAGAAAUGAUACAUAAUCUGAAUGAGCUUGGUUUACUUGCUUUGUGUAUUGACAAAGAAUAUGAUGGUCUUGGUUUCAGUACAACUCAAUGGAUGAGAGCUUGCGAAGCAAUCGGUUUAGAUGGAUCUGUAUGGACUACAUUAACUGCACAUCAGUCAUUAACUGCCAAAGCAAUAUCUUUACUUGGAACAAAGGAACAAAAGGCGUAUUAUUUACCGAAAUUAGCAUCUGGUGAAUUUAUUGGUGGGUUUUGUUUAUCUGAAAUUAGCAGUGGUAAUGAUAUUCAAGCGUUGACUAGUUUAGCAGUUUUAAAUGAAACCGAUGGUCACUAUAUACUUAAUGGUCAUAAAACUUGGGUUACCAAUGGUGCAGUGGCAGAUGUUUUCGUUGUAUUCGCUCGAACUCUCUCUAGUAAUAAUAAUAAUGAGAUAACAGCAUUUAUUGUGGAUCGGUCAUUGGAUGGUAUUGAAUGUGGGCCACUGCUGGAUACUUUUGGUGCACGUGGAUCAAAUGCAACUGAUGUCUUUUUCAAGAACGUGAAAGUUCCUAAGAACAAUUUAUUGGGUAAACAUGGCGAUGGGUUUAAGGCAGCUCAAAAUGUUUUAGUUCUUCAUCGUUUGAAUACUGUAGCCUCUGGUGUUGGUGUACUACGUUAUCUUCUUUCAUAUACUGCUGAACAUUGUUUACAACGUCAUCAGUUUGGAAAACCAAUUGGUGAUUAUUCUAGAGUAGAAGAAAAAUUAUCUGAAAUUGUUUUAAAUCUUUAUGCAAUGGAAUCAGGAUUAUUCUAUUUUAGCGGUUUACUAGAUGCGCAACCAUCACGUAAUCUUUCCUUAGAAUUAGCUGCUUUAAAAAUUUUUAGUUCGGAAAAAGUAUGGUCAGGCAUUGAUACAUGUAUUCAGCUAGCUGGACGUUUUGGUCUACUUAAAAAUGUCCCAUAUGAACGAUUUCUACGAGAUGCUAGAAAUCAUCUUACCAGUAUGGAAUCAAAUGAUAUCUUACGUAUUAUGAUAGCUGGUGAAGGUAUAACUGAAAUUAUUCCUGGCUUUGAAAAAACGAUCUCUGAUUUAAGUGUUUUUACUCGACAUCCAAUAACUAAUAUAAAAACUAAAUGGUUAUUAAAAAGAAGAAAGCAAGGAAAAUAUGCUGCUCAAGCUGGUUCUGGUCCGAAAGUAACCGAGGGUAAUGCUUCACGUGAUUUAAAAGAUCAUUUGCAUCCUAGCUUUGUUGAUAUGGCAACUCGACUUGCUAUAAAUACACAACGAUUUCAAAGUCUAUGCCAAAUUUCACUUAUUCAGUAUGGCCGAGAGAUUACAAAUGAACAAAUGUUAUUAUGUCAGUUAGCAGAUGCUGCAAUUGAUCUCCUAUUAACGUCUAUUUGUUUUGGUCGGGCCUCUAGAUCAAUAAGCAUUGGUUUACCUCGUAAUGAUUAUGAGAAAACUUUGGCACAUACGUUUUCUAGACUAGCACUUCAACGUGUUGAACAUAUUAUAGAAUAUAAGUUUGAAAUAGAUCGUUACCAACAUCGUGUCGCUAGCGAAUUACUGACACAGCGUUUCUAUCCUGUAUCUCAUCCACUUGCACGUGUAUGGUAAAUUGUAAUAAUUUUUCAUCUCUUGUUAAUAAAUUUAUUAUUUUCAACUCCCUAUAAAAGAUUUUUAUUCGUGAAUUAUUAUUGAAGGGGUCUUUAUGUAUUCUACCAUUACUAACCUGUCAUAUAUUUGUGAGAAUUUGGUAUAGACUAAAUUAUUUCUCUGAUUGCGUGUCUUGGUGUUGCGCAAUGAUUGGAAUUGAUUGUUCAAGAUAUUUUACAAUGGGCUUUUUGGUAGCUGAUAAAAAAUCGGACUAAUUUCUUUCAACAAGUAUGAAUAAAGCUGUUUAAGAUAACUAACCU